AUGCUGAGAGAGGCCGCCGAAGCAAAUACUGCCCCAUCGAAGAAACGCCGCCAGAGCUACACUGACGAUGCUGGCAAGAACCCUGGCACAAUGAUCUCAGCCCGCGAAGCAGACGACAAGUGGACUGAGAUAUCUGAACAAAUUGAUCGGGAAGCGCGCUUCCUUCUUCUCCUGCAUAUGAGGCACGACCUUCUUGAUAUAAAAGAAGAUGUCCUAAAAAAGGUGCUCCCAGAGUAUCCAAUCGAGUCAACAGUAUAUGGGAAUGUCUGUGUUGUCCUUAUGGAAAAGAUCAAACGUUACCGGUAUUCACUCAUCAAGGAUCUCAUACUUCACGUCAAGACUGCAAUGAAUGCAACAGAUGGAUCUGGUAUUCGUUACUGUUACGAUUAUAGCUUACAGCUUGUUAUGGUUGUUACAGUUGUUACGGUUGUUACGGUUGUUACAGGUGCAGCCUUAGCCACCAAGGCUACAACUGCUAAGCGGAAAACUGUAUAUUACAAGGAAUAG